GUUUAAGAGAAGAAGAAGGAAGAAGAAGAAGAUGGAUCAAAGAAAGGUGUUGGAGGAGCUUCUGAGAGGUUAUGAAUCUGCUACUAAACUUCGAGUAGUGAUGAAUGAAAAAGAUGAGUCAGAAAUAAGAACCCUUCAAUGUCUUGCCAAGAACGUGCUUAGAUCCUUCACCAACACCCUCUUCCUCUUGAACUCUCAUCACCAUCAUCUCUCUCAUCUUCUCUCUCCCACCAAAUCUCAGGACUCCCAAGAAAGUUCCAAGACUUUCACCAGUUUCAAUAACAGAAGAGGCUGCUACAAGAGAAAAAGACAUCCACAAGAAUGGGAGAAGAUUUCAGAAGCUCCACCAAUUGAUGGCCAUCAGUGGAGAAAGUAUGGCCAAAAAGAGAUCCUCAAAGCCAAAUACUCAAGGAACUAUUACAGGUGCACUCACAAGUAUGAUCAGAAUUGUCAAGCAACAAAACAAGUGCAAAGAAUUCAAGAGAAUCCUCCCUUGUACAAGACCACAUAUUUAGGCCACCACACAUGCAAUGACUUGCUAAGUUCUGAAAUCAUACUUGAUUCCAAUGAUUCUCUUUCUGACACUUCCAUACUGAUAAGUUUUAACAACAGCUUCCCUCCAACCAAGCAAGAAUGUCCCUUUUUAUCAUCCUCUUCUUCUUCAUCAUCAUCAUCUAUCAAUCCCUCACCAUCACUGAUCACAGAGGAGAUAAUUCCAUCAUGUUAUGAUUACAUGCUACCCCCAGAACCCACUUUCGAUGAUUACUCAAUGCACAAUAAUGUCACUCCACCACUCGAUCACUGGGAUGAUAUGUCUUCUGCCUUGUGUGAUUCUGACAUUGAAGAAAUCAAACGUUUGUUAAUGGAUUCGGAUGAUUGA